CCUUACUCCAGUCCCGGGACUUGUGCGCGCGCCCUGGAGCUGUCCCAUGGCGGUGCGGUCCCAGUUGGACUUUCCGGAGUCAGGUGAAUGAGACUCUUAACUGACCCAUGACGGGACACGCCUGAAGAAGCGCCUACACCGCCAUGCCGCCCAAGAAAAAGGGAGAGCGUCAGGAUACGGAUGGUGCUGAAGAAAGAAAUGCUCAGGUGCAGCUUGAGAAGGCCAAGUACAAGCCUGUUGCAUUUGCUGUCCGCUGUAACUUCUCAUACACCCCAGCGGAUGAUGAUAAUGUCCCGGUCCCAGGACAAGCUGUCACGUUUGAGGCCAGAGACUUCCUUCAUGUCAAAGAGAAGUUUAGCAAUGAGUGGUGGAUCGGUCGUCCAGUGAAGGAAGAUGGAGUUGUGGGUUUUAUUCCCAGUCCGGUGAACCUGGAGACAAUCCUGAUUAGACGAGAAGUACAGGCCAGGAAAGCUGCCAAGGCCUUAGCCAAUAAAGCCGCUUCUCAAGCAGCUCAAGAUAUGAAUUCAAAGAAGUACACCCCUCCUUCACAAGCACAACAGCAAGUGAAAAAGAAGCCAGGGGAGCACGUGUCCAUGUACGAUGUAGUGCCUACAAUGCGUCCAGUUAUUCUUAUGGGACCAUCACUCAAAGGCUUAGACGUGACAGAUAUGAUGCAAAAAGCACUAUUUGACUAUUUAAAGCAUCGAUUUGAAGGCAGAAUAACAAUUACGCGGGUCACAGCGGACAUUUCUCUGGCGAAGAGGUCCAUCCUCAACAAUCCUGGGAAAAAGGCCUUAAUCGACCGAUCCAAUACUCGCUCCAAUUUAGCUCAGAUUCAAGGGGAGGUAGAGCGGAUAUUUGAGUUGGCCCGCAGUAUGCAGCUAGUCGUCCUAGACGCAGACACAAUCAACCACCCGCUUCAAGUGUCCAAAACAUCACUAGCUCCAAUCCUUGUUUACGUCAAGAUCUCCUCACCAAAGGUGUUGACCAGGCUGAUCAAAACAAGGGGGAAGUCUCAAACCAAACACCUCAAUGUACAGUUAGUGGCAGCAGAUAAACUCGCCCAGUGCCCAUCUGAAAUGUUUGACGUGAUCCUGGAUGAGAACCAGCUUACGGAUGCAUGUGAGCACAUUGCAGACUUCCUGGAGUCUUACUGGAGGGCAACUCACCCCCCCGAGAUGGAACCGGCUAACGCUCUGGUCGCUGCGCUCGCCGAGAACACCCUGCCCACCUGCCCCACAGUCAUACCGGAUGAGCAGAAAAACAAGAAAGCUGUCGCCUCCAAGAGGAAAGGGUCCCGGGACCAGCACUCGGAGCAGGACAGUGCUCCAUCAGCCUCUGCAGCUCCUCACCAUAACCCAAAACAUGAGCCCGCCCACCGCCCCAGCGAGGAAGAGGAGGAGCGGCUACUGCGGUCCGAACCAAAGAGACCCUCCCACACGCAUCACCAUCAUCACCAUCAUCAUCACCACAAACGGACCGAUCACCAUACAAACAGUCAGCCAACACAACCGGGACACUCCUCUCCCCCUGCUCCAGACUCAGCAAGAGAGCACACCCAAAGACAUGCAAGGAGGCAACUACCAGAAAUUAGAGACCAAGAGUUUGAAGAAAGAUUAGAAGAGGAAUUGCAGCAUCAUCAUCAUCAUCAUAAGAAUCACUCACGGCAUCACCAAACCAGAAACGUCCAUGCAGCGCCCCCUAGCAUGCACAGAGGGGAGGAGUACGAGCACAAUGAAAGCAAUAGGAAUCACAGAUACCGUCACCAGCAUCACUCAGGCCUGUCAUCCCGGAAACCGCACAGCAUCCAAGCUACGCAUUACAGCACCCAUAACCACAGCAACUAUCACCAUGGUUACCACAACCGCGAACAGGACCACCAGCCGGACCGUGAGAGAGACAGAGAGAGGGAUAGGUUUAAGGAUAGAGAGAGAGACGCGAGGAUGAGGGAGAGGGAGGCACGGCAGUGGUGCCAGUGAGUGACUCCUUUUUCUUAAAAAAAAUGAUUUAAACUGUGUUGUGUUCUA